GGUUGCCCCCCCAAUUUUUGAGGGAAACCUGACGACCUAUCCAUUUUCGACCCCGCCGCAUGAUGAGCCAUGGCUGCGGAACCGCCCAAGAGCGAGGUUGUCAGGUGCUCCUACGUCGUCCCCAACAAGGGCAGGCGUUGCCGCUUCCCGGUUUUGCCGGGCACGGCGCGCUGCGGGGCGCACCGAGAGGAUGAGGACGACGGGGCUCGGAUCCCGUGCCCUUUGGAUCCCAACCACACGGUCUUCGAACGCCGCCUCAAGCAGCACCUCAAGGUGUGCACCAAAGUGCGUGACCGGAGCGUCGUGGAGCGCCAGCCGUUUUACCACCCGCGCAUCAACCUCCCGACCGAAGACACGGCGGCUUCGGCUUCCGCGCCGCCGGUGAGUGCUGCGGGUGCGGAGGUGGUGCAGAGGUGGAUGGCGCGGAUUGAGGGUGUGUGGCCCAAGGCGGUGGAGGAGGUUCUGGGCAGAGACAUCUCGGAGCAGAUCUUGGAGUGGUCUGUGGUCGCCCACGGCGAUGGUCUGGCGCAUGCGGAGAAGCACGAGGCGCAAAACCUUGCCCUGGCAGAGAUGAUGCUCAAGGACCGUCAGCUCAGCAGUGCGAGCCAGGUGGUGGUGGAGUUCGGCUCGGGCAAGGGCGGCCUUGCAGCAGCGGUGCUGAGGCUCCGCUCGGCUCGGUGCGUGCUCGUCGAGCGCGAGCCGCGGAGGCACAAGUUCGAGAACAAGCAAGAUGCGCGGGAGAAGCAGGUGUUGCGCCUGCGCCUGGACAUCGCGGACUUUGAUCUCGGAACCUUCCUGGGCUCCAAGUUGGGCGGCGGUUUGCCCAAAGCGGCAGAUCUAAGCGGCGGGGCCCUGUCGGUGAGUGCGGGCACAAACGGCCCGGCAGAGAGACUGGAGGAGCUUUGGCGGUCUGCAGCCGCAUUUCAGGAGGCCGGCCCCUGGCCACCCUCGUCGCUGGCAGCUUGCGCCAAGCAUCUCUGCGGCGGCGCGACAGACGUGGCCCUGAGGUCGCUCCAGGCGUGCCCUCGCGGGCAAGGCCUCAGCGUUUGUGUGGCCACCUGCUGCCACCACCGCUGUGAUCCCGACAGCUACGUGAAUCGCCGGUUCCUGGAGCGGCUGGGCCUCUGCGACUCCGCGGAGGACUUCCGGCAAUUCGUCUCCACCGCCGGCUGGGCCGUGGGCGGGGAGCGGGAUUUGCAGAAAAAGCGUGUGGGGAUGAUGUCCAAGCGCAUCCUGGACUUGGGUCGUGUCGCCUGGCUCCGAGAGGAGCUUGGGCUCGAGGCUGCCAUCCGGGAGUACAUUAGCAAGGCUGUGACGCCGGAGAACGUGGUCAUUACUGGCCGGCGGGCAGAUGCCUUCAAAGCCUCCAGGCCAGCGCGCACGCUUCUGCGCUGCUUGCCUUGGUGCUGCUAGUGAAGCGAAAAGGUGCUCCGCUUGCUGCUUGGGUGGGUCUCUGUUUGAGGGUACCUUUUUGCUG